AUGCAGGGUCACUUGGUCAGAGGGAUUACUCAGGCUCAGGAGUAUACAGUGUCCCUAACCCCAACAUCAGCCAUGCUAAAUGAGGGAGAGAAUCUGAAGGCCAUGUGUAACAUACCUGGGCUGUCUGCCCUUGACAUUUUCAGUAAACUCAAGGUCAGGUGGUACCACAAUGGCCGUCAGCUGACCAGUCUCUGUGAAUUCGAGGAGCCCUCUAUGGAAUACAAGUAUGCCUGCAGUGUGUUCUCUCCUCAGGCAAACAACAUCAGCUUAGAAUUAACCUUAGUGGAUGUACAAAAAGCAGAUGCCGGGAACUUGACUUGUGAAGUUUUAAAACAGGUGAAGGAAGGAUGGAAAUGGGUCAGGGAUGACUCUGUAGCCAAAAAGUCUGUAUCCAUUAAAAUCAGAGAACCGAUCACUUCAAUGACUUUCAAGUUUGACCA